AUGGACAAGAGCAGCCGAGGCACUGCACUCUGGCUAUGCGUUACAGCUUACCAAUUGAUCUAUUCGAUGAUAACGUCGAGCUUUGCCCUCUCGGUUCUACCGAGAGAAGCAGAAAGGCUUAACAGUGAAGCCUCGAGCCUAUGGCUGGCAGUCUAUGUGAUGAUCUGCGGAGCCACGCAACUAGUAUGUCCCGUAGCAGGCAUGUGUUCAGAUCGAGUCUCGUCUGCUUGGGGGCGGCGACGUCCAUUUCUUGUAGCAGGGAGCCUGGUGUCCAGCGCAGGCUUUGUGCUGCUCUAUUUUGCAAGUCUCUGGUCAUGGCCAAAGACGUUUAUGCUGGGUUUGUUUGUGACAGAGAUGGCACUCAACGUGGCUUAUGCCGCCCAUGCCGCACUGCCGGCGGAUCUGAGCGCAGCGAGCGCGAGAGAUCUGGAGUCUACGGGUCCGUGCCGAGAUGCCGAAGCUGGCAUCGUCUCCGGCAUCAUGGCAUUGCACUCCUUCAUUGGAGCUGUGCUCGCAAUGGGCGUCAUGGAAUUGAUGAAAGGUCAGCCACUGCAAAUGUUCUACAUAAUAUAUGCGGCUGGGGUGGUUUUCUGUUCCUCAAUUGUGUGCUCGGUUGCCAAGGAGGAAGCCAGCGUCCAUGAAACGGCUUUGCCCAGCAGAGGUGAGAUACUGUCCGCCUACACCCUGGAUCUACAGACAGAUCUUGACUUUUUUUGGGUCUGCUGUGGGCGGCUUCUCUUCUACACAAGCCAGGCCGUGAUAGUGUUUAUGGAGUAUUUCAUCCGCGACAUGUUCGAGGUUAAAGAAGAGGCAGUGGUGAUCUCGCGAUUGAGUACUUUGGUUCUUAUCGGACAGCUCGUUGGGGCAGCUGUGGCACUCCCUAGCAGCCGUCUUUCUGAUAGAUUCGGCUGCAAGCCGAUGGUGUUCGCUUCUUGUUAUGUCCUAUGCGCCACCUUUCUGACCUUCAUCAUGGCACCAAAGUUCGGAUGGUGUGUCAUGGAAAUUGGAGCUACUCUAUACGGCCUAGGAGCUGGGUCCUACAUGAGCGUCGACUACGCGCUUGCUCUCAAGUGCCUUCCCACGUCAAAGGAGAGCGCACAAUCGUUUGGUCUUUGGGGCAUUGCUGGCUUCCUCGGCAGCUGUUUGGGCCCGUUCUUGGUCGGAGGAGUCCUGUUUUUCUUCCCACAGCCGGGCAGCCAGCCGAAAGCCUGGCAGAGGAGCCAUUUCCAGUUCAAGGGCUACGCUCUUGGCAUUCUCGUCGCCGGUGCUCUUCCUGCGCUGGCCGUGAUCCGUGCAACCAUGUACAUUCGAAGGGAGGUUUAG